GGGGAAAGUUAGCUCCGAGCUCAUUCGGGCUCUGUGAAGACCAUUCAUGGAGAACACGACGCGAAACACGAAUUUACGGACCCCAGUCGCUUAGUCUCGACCCUCACGGCCGCCUUCAUAUACGCAGAUAUUCUUGUUGUGGUCUUUUCACACCAACGACUCACAGCCACUGACACUUCGGCCAACCGUCGUCUCCCUCACUCGCCUGCUGCAUAGUUCCAAAACCGAAAACCACCACGAUGCCUCCGAAAGGCAAGAGGCCGCAAGCCGCCGACAAGGGAAAACGAGGGGAGGAAGAACGGGAAUCACCUCUCCAGGCCGUCAUUCUUGCCGAUCCCUUCGAAACGAGAUUCCGCCCUUUCACCUUGGAGAAACCGCGAUGUCUGCUCCCCCUGGCGAACAUACCGCUUAUCGAGUACACGUUCGAGUUCCUGCAGAAUGCUGGCGUAGAAGAGGUAUUCGUCUACUGUGGGGCGCACAAGGAUCAAGUGGAGGAUUACAUCAAGGCAUCGAAGUGGAAUCCUCCUUCGUACGCCUUCUCCAAGUUGGAGCUGCUACAAUCCACGUCUAACUCAAUUGGCGAUGCCAUGCGCGACUUGGACUCUCGGGGCAUUCUUGUAGGCGACUUCCUCUUGGUGUACGGCGAUGUCGUCAGCAUGGCCCCAUUAGCGCCCGCUCUGGCAGAGCAUCGGGCAAGACGCGCAAAAGACAAGGACGCUAUCAUGACCAUGGUUCUCCGGGAAGCUGGAGCAAGGCACCGCACGCUGGCGCAGGACGUGAAGCCAAUCUUCAUAAUCGAACCAUCAACAGACCGCUGUCUGCAUUUCGAGCAGAUGCCGAACCCCGCCGGAACGCACCACUACUCCAUCGACCCCGACAUUCUCUCCAACUUUGCGGAAUUCGAGCAACGAGCCGACCUUAUCGACUGUGGUAUCGAUAUCUGCACGCCAGAUGUUCUAGCCUUGUGGAGCGAUAACUUCGAUUUCCAAGCGCCUAGAAAACACUUUCUGCACAGUGUGCUGAAGGACUACGAACUAAAUGGGAAGAAGAUAUAUACACACAUCCUCACAAACGGUUAUGCGGCUCGAGUAAGGAAUCUGAAGGCUUACGACUCCGUGAGCAAGGAUAUCGUGUCGCGCUGGGCGUAUCCUCUCUGCCCUGACACCAACCUGCUCCCAUCGCAAAACUAUCGUCGACAGGGAGACAACAUAUACAAAGAAGAUAGCGUUACUCUAGCGCGGGACUGUAUCAUCAAACCAAGAACGGUGAUCGGUCGAGGGACGGAGGUGGGUGAGCGCAGCGUAAUCUCAAACAGCGUCAUCGGACGACACUGUCAAAUCGGUCGGGACGUCACCAUUUCGGGGACGUACAUAUGGGAUAAUUCGAUAAUAGGUGAUGGGUGCACCGUGCGUGAGUGCAUCAUUGCUAGCGACGCGUCCUUGGGAGAGCGGUGUAAAGUCGAGCCUGGUGCUCUGAUAUCAUAUGGUGUUAAAAUCGCUGAUGACAUGACGAUACGCGGAGAUCACAGAAUCACGAAAGCGAGACGGAAGCGGGACGUUGGCGAAGAGGUUGAGGAAGGAGAGUCCAAUCCUGCAGUCGUCGGGAAGGGUGGGAAAGGCUUCGAAUUCUAUGACGAGGACGAGGAGGACGAGGAAGAGAUGGUGCAGGGCCUUGUAUCAAAUUUCUACAACCUACACAAUCUAUCUGCAGAAUCCAUAUCCACGCUAGGCCUAGGUUCUGAAGACGAAUAUGAAGCCGCGCGCAAUCAGGGCCGUGCAGCAGCGGAUAGCUUCGUGUCUAUAGGUUCGCAAGACAGUUGCGCGAGCCAACACGCAGCCAACUUCGAUCAUGACGCCACAGCCAGCAUCUACGAUUCCCUUGUUGAGAGUCACGAAUCGGCAAACAUACAAUUAGAACUCACGGCUCUACGCAUGAGCACGAAUGCUUCAGACCAUCAAGUCCGACGUGCGAUCGUCGUCGCAUUCGCCAAACGCACUACCCAGCUAAUUAAGAGUGGUUCGAGCAUUCGAGACGCUGUAGCACAGGUCUUUGGCCACUACAAGGACCUCGUCGAUCGCAGUAUAUUCGACAAGGCACAGGCCAACAAAGUCGACCAGGUGGACUUUAUGUUGCUCCUGCAGAACGAGCUUUUGCACAGGGAGAGCGGAGAUGUCAUUCUUCUCACCGCGGCGACGAAGUUGAUAGAACUGGAUUCGAUUCAGGAAGAGGGGAUGCAGCAGUGGUGGGAGGAUGAGAGAUCUACGGAAACAGAGGAACUGAGGAGAGUCAGAGAGAGGACGAGACAGUUGAUUGAUUACUUGAAUGAGUCGAGCGAGGAAGAGAGCAGUGAGGAGGAUAGCAGUGAUGAUGAGGAGUCGGAGUAGAUGACUACUGGGUGGUAAAAAAACAGUAUCCCCAGCGUUAAAUAAAAUGCAUGAGAAGUACGGAGUACAUUCUUACGUUCAAUAUAGCGCAAGGCAGC